UGGCCGCCGCGCUGCAGUUUCCUGUCGUGGUCGGGACCUGCAACCCGCUGGCUGCGAACACUUUGGCCAGACUUGGCGAUACUUCUGCAGCCACUCAUAACUGCGACGUGCUGGCUUUAGAGCUACGCUGGGCACGACCAUUCGGCGACGAUGUAUUGGGGCUCGUACCUUGCACGAGGCUGGAUGGGAGGUGUCGCCGUUCACGAACUCAUCAUGCGGAUUUGUCCUGCUGUAGGGGCGGCGCGUCAGACCUGAGCACGUUGACCGCUGUGAGGAUGCUCCUGCUCCACUGCAGGGUCGAGGGCUGCGCUGCCGUGGUCGCUGUGGCAUCUUCGACGUGUCACUGACUGCGCGCUACUUUCCCCGACAGCCCCGCACCAGGGGGCACUCCGAGCGCACAGCUGCUUAUGGCUUGGCUUGCAGAGCAGCUUGCGAAGGUCCCUCAGCGGAGGACACCCGUUGUCUGGGCCUACCUCAACGACGGCGCCGGCUUGGAGCGAGUGGAUGGACUGUGGAUCUUCGAUGGUCGCGACGUCGUUCCCGAGCAGUCGGCCACGCGGGGCUACCUUGCGGGGCCACCCUUCGCCGAGUAUCUCGCCGCCCAUGGCGUGCACAUUGCGAACGUGCACGUUGGCUUUGCUCGCGCCUUCUUGGGGAACCCCGGUGCGAGCAGCUGCGUUGACAUGAUUGCCCUUCCCGGGGCGCUGGUUCGAGUCUUGCGGAGCGUUGGCCCACUGCGUCAGCCGUCAGUCGUCAGCUCCAUCUGAUUCGCGCGAAGGCCAUUCGAGACCAUCUUCUAGUGCAUGCUGUAUUUCCUUACGUAUUUAUUGGAGCCUGCGCGGCGCCCAGCCCGUCACGAUCAGCGGGUGCGUUGGGACAUUGACAGGCUCGCGCGAUGCUUGCGAGGCGGGCUGGGUCGCCGCGCCUUGGUGGCUGCGGUGGAGGGGCG